GAACCGUUGGACGUGGUCGAGCCGCCUACCUCACCAUCCUCGGGCCUGGCUCUGUCUCGCUUUGAGUUCGAGACGGGUAAGGGCAACGAGGGCACCAAGAUCCUUAUGGUUGAGUGGAACAGCUCAUCAGCUCGGAAGCAAGAAGGAGGCGCGACCGCGGGCGUGGACAAUGGUGAGGGCGAUGGCGAUGGCGACUGGGAGGUGUCAUGGGAAGGCAAGACGGCGGCGCUCGGGAUCCGCGAGGUGGACACGGAUACAACCAGCGGCGGCAGCCUGCGCCGCGUGUAUUUCUUGCUGCCUCCCGGGGCGCCCAUCCCCGCGCUCGUCACCAUCACAUACAAGGGUGCCGGCGGCAGCAUCCGGGGCAAGAGCGGGACGACGAUCUUGCGCACGCAGCCGAUGCCCGCCAUCUUUCCCGCCGAACUGACGGGCAAGCAAGAAGCCGGCCGGCGCGGCGUGCUCCACACGGUGUGGGCCAAGAAGCGGCUGGUGGAGCUGCAGGCCGAGAUCGCGGCGGAAAUGAGGGAGAACGGCGAGAGUGUGGGGCUUGAGAUGGCGCUGCAGGAGCGCCAGUGGAUCGUCGACCAGUUUGGCCUCGGGUCCGAGGCUGGUGAAGUCGGCGUCGUCCCCAAGCCGACAAAACUACACAUCCCUCUGGGCGGGCCCAUCAGCCCGACAUCUCCGAGGAGUCCGAUAGGAGGGAAGCUGGGAGAGAAGCUCAAGGGCCUCAAGCUCGCGACGAGCCCAGCAGAGCUAGCCGCUGCUAGUCAAGGUACCCCCCAACCACAGACGCAGCAUCCGUUGGUGACAUCACAGCCGCCCGCGGGUGGCUCCGACGUAACCUCCGUCUCACCGCGUGCCGGCUUUGGUGCGCUGAGUUUACAACCCGUGUCUGGGGGUGUGGGUGUUGGUUCACUGGACGCCAUUGUCGGCAGCAGCAUGGCAUCGGCCACAACCACCCUGAAAGCGGGUGCCGACGACACAACAGAGGAGGACUUGUUUGCUCUCCCGAUGAGCCCGCGUAGCCCGGAGAUGAAGAGGAGCCCGUUCAGUAUCCUAUAG